GAAAUGCGAAACUCACCGAAGGAAAUUGGCGCAUUUAAUGAAAAUGGCAGGAACUUUGUUGCCACAAAGGAUACUUCAAGGGAUUUUAGCAAUUCCCAAGAUAAUACCGACCGUGGCAGUAUGAGCGAUCAGGCUUUUGCAUGCUCUGCAAGUUCAGUGGAAAGUUUACCCAGUGCUUCCGGUUCAAGUACUCAAGCUCUAGUACGUCCUGGCAGUCCACAAAGCUCCAUAUCGACAGAAGAUCGUACUUCGUUAGUUCCAAUUUGUAAAGCCAAAGCACUUGUCGACAGCAUGCCAAAUCCUUAUGAUAAGGACGCACUUAAGUUUAAGAAAGGUGACACUAUCGAUGUAUUGUCGAUGAAUGCCUCUGGCAUUUGGAAGGGUCGUUGUCACGGUCGAGUGGGUCAUUUUAAGUUCAUCAAUGUGGAAGUACUGCCUGAGCAGCGUAUGAAAAAUUCAAAUAGCAAAAAUCUAACAACUGCUGGUCGACAUGUUAACAGCAAUGGUCCUAGCUCUGUCGAGGAUUUACUAUUCCGUAUCGGUUUGAAAGAGUACACUUCAGUCUUUGUUUUAAAUGGUUACGAAGACUUGGAACUCUUCAAAGAACUUGAACCAGCCGAUUUGGAUUAUUUGGGUAUUAUCAAUCAGGAUCAUCGUGCAAAACUAUUAACUGCAGUGCAACUAUUGCACGACAUAGAAUCUUCUAAUUUCUCACACACAGGUUCUGAUGGUGACAUAGCUGGUUCCAGCUCAGAAAACGAUGAAGCACGUUUAAAUAACAUCAACAAAAAACAUGCCGCUUCACCAUUUGGCCGCCGUCAUUUUCCACGUGAUUCAGGUUGUUAUGAAGGCUCACCAGUUCCCACCUCGCAAACACCCACACAAGCCGUAAACUCCACUGAUGAUUCGAAUAGCUUAGACGAUGUGGUCACCAAGUGUUCAAGUGAAAUUAUGAAACGUGUCGAAAGUGCACGACGCCAAAAAGAAAAUCCAUUCAAAGUUGGAUUACCAGCACGUGUAGGAAAGAAGGCAUUAAUAGGUAGCGGUCUUUUGGGUGAUGAUACCCUAACACGUGGAGGUGGUUUAAGUGAGAAAUCCAGCGAUUCCGGUGUUAGUAGUAGUUCACUAUCAUCAGGUCCACUAAAAAAUAGCACUUAACAUUUACCUACAAUACUCGCCCAUGAAUUACUGUUGGGCGUGGGUCUAUCUAGUAGUGGUAGUACAUUAUGCAGUGCUGGCGCUACUUCACCUACAACAUCGACAGCUUCAGCUGGUUUUGUGGGUUGUGCCGGUAUGAAUAGUGCAUUUCCAGCUCUGGCCAUGCCAAAUUCUUGCAAUACACUUCCACAUACACAGACCACUUCAACGGCAACAACAACGGGUAUUGGCAUGCCGAAUAAUUUGCAGUUGAGUCGAAAUUUAGUUAUGCUUAGAAAUCAUCUACGCAAAAAUACGAACGCAUCGAAUUUCAGCGAUGAAAAGGAGCAAUAGCCCAUUACAACAAUAACGAAUUUUAUUAUUAGUUUUAUGUAUUAAAG